GAUUUAGUCAUUUAUGAUUUUGUCGCCAGGGCAGCAAGUUCCCGUUUUAAAACUUUCGAUCUUUAUAAAUUUGGUGUCGAUUUUUUAUUGCAAAAUGUUGUCAAGGGCAUGUUUCAGGCAGUUUUCCGCUUCAAUUCGACGAAUGUCGAGUACAAAUAUCGUGGAAACCAACAUUGAUAGCGGAACUGGCUUCGCAACCGUAACUUUAUCGCAACCACCAGUAAACAGUUUGGAUAAAAAUUUACUUACUGCAAUUACGGACAGAUUUAAAAAACUUAGCGAUGAUUCUUCGGUUACUGGGGCCAUUUUAACUUCCAAAUUCGAUGGUAAAGUAUUUUCUGCUGGCUUAAAUAUCGUUGAUAUGUUCCAAAAGUCGGACGACCAUCUCGGCGAGUUUUGGGGUAUGGUGCAGGAGUGGUAUCUUACUAUACAAGGGUUUCCUAAACCCUUGGUAUCCGCCAUUAAUGGGCACGCACCUACCGGCGGUUGUGCAAUGGCUUUAAUGUCAGAUUACCGUGUGAUGGUUGAAGGGAAAACAAUUGGAUUAAAUGAGACAUUGUUGGGGAUUGUUGCCCCUUUUUUCUUCGCUGAUUUAAUGAUUGCUGCUGUUGGUAGAAGACAUGCUGAAUUUGCACUAAAUAAUGGCUACCUGUACACCUCAGAUGAGGCAUUAAAGAUUGGCUUAGUUGAUGAAGUUGUAAACCUUGACCAAGUUGUUCCAACUGCAUUGAAAAUUCUUACUAAGAUGACCAAAACACCUCAACCCGCUUACCAAGUUUGUAAGAAUUUCCUUCGUAAAGAAACAAUGGACACAUUGCGCAAUGAUCGAGCUGGUGACAUUGCUCAUUUUGUUGGUUUUGUUCAACAACCUAACGUUCAAAAAGCGAUUGGAGGUUAUUUGCAAGCUUUGAAACAAAGGAAGAAAUAAUCCAAACACAAGCUACAUUAAACAAAGUUCUUUAAAUUGCAAUUAAUUUUGUGUUCAAUUGAAAUGAACAUGUUGGUAUGGUUCGUUGUUACAAUCAUGUAGUCAUGUUGUGUGAGUGUGAUGGCUUUAAAUAAACAAUUAAAGGGUCAAUACAAUACAUGUUUAAAAGAAAUAAAUUUACAUUGCAUAUUUAGAGUUUAGCUGAUGUACAAAUACAUAAAAUGAGCCUUUGUGUAGGUGCUAGUGAAGAAACACAUAAGCUGUAAUGCUGUAUACCUCUAUCAAAACUUUAGCAUUAUCGGAACUAUAUUCCAAACAUGUUGCCUGUAUCGUUACAGAAGGUUCUUUUCUAUCACUUAUGAUCUACAUAUUUCAUAAUUGUUUAAAACCCAUAAUAAUAUUGAAUGAUUUUAUUUUGUUGAUGUUUCUUUGAUUCUAAUUUUGUUUCCACAUCCAG